GGUGAGCGAGAGACCGCUCGGAGCUGCCACCAGAUGGAUCUUCGGCGAGCUAGUGGGAGCUCCACGUAUCACCAUGCCGACAUUUGGACUACCUAAAGUACCCAGCAAACCUCCCAAGCUUCGGGAUUAAUCUUUAUUUCUUUGGGAGAGGAAAAAAAGGUGGUACGGCAGCGGCGCGAAAAGGUACGAUGAUGGGCCGGUGGGCGCUUUGGUCGGCCUCGCUGCUCCUGCAGCUGGUCUGGACGGCGGGGGCCGCCUCCCUGCGCUUCACGCAGCCCGUUUACAACGCCACCAUCUACGAGAACUCCGCCGCCAAGACCUACCUCGAGAGCCAAAUCAAGAUGGGCAUCUACGUCAGCGAGCCCGCCUGGGAGAUCCGCUACAAAAUCAUCUCCGGGGACAACGAGAACUUGUUCAAGGCCGAGGACUACCUGUUGGGAGAUUUUAGCUUUUUGCGCAUCAGAACCAAAGGGGGUAGCACGGCCAUUCUCAACCGGGAGGUUCGAGACCACUACGUGCUGACGGUGAAAGCGACCGAGAGGAGCACCGACGCGGAGUGCCGCGCGCAGGUCGCCGUGCGGGUGCUCGACACCAACGAUCUGAGACCUCUCUUCUCGCCCACCUCGUACAGCAUCUCCUUAGCCGAAAACACGGCCGUUCGCAGCAGCGUGGCCAAGGUGACGGCGACGGACGCCGACAUCGGGACCAACGGGGAGUACUAUUACAGUUUCCGCGAGUGGACGGACACGUUCGCCGUGCACCCCACCAGCGGCGUUGUGACGCUCACCGGCCGGCUGGACUACUCCGAGACCAAGCUUUACGAGUUGGAGAUCCUGGCGGUGGACCGCGGCAUGAAGCUAUACGGCAGUAGCGGCUUCAGCAGCACGGCCAAGCUGACGGUGCGAGUGGAGCAAGCCAACGAGAACGCGCCCGCCGUCACCGCCGUGGCCCUGGCGCCCUCCGACGCCUCCCCCGACCCCACCUACGCCAUCGUGACGGUGGAGGACGCCGACCAGGGAGCCAACGGGGAGAUCGCGUCCCUCAGCAUCGUUGCCGGCGACCCGCUCCAGCAGUUCCGAGCCGUGAGAACCGGCCCGGGGAGCAAGGAGUAUAAAAUCAAAGCAGUGAAGGACGUGGACUGGGAGAGCCAGCCGUUUGGAUAUAAUCUCACUCUGCAGGCAAAGGACAAGGGCAGCCCGCCUCAGUUUUCAUCCGCCAAAUUGGUCCACGUCGCCUCGCCUCGGUUCAAAACGGGACCGCCUGUUUUUGAAAAGGCUCUUUACAGGGUCAACUUGAGCGAAUUUGCCCCACUUCACACGCCUGUCGUCAUGGUGACCGCUCUCCCGAAGCAGCCCCAGCCCAAAUAUGCUUUUAGCCGCAAAUCGGAGCUGUUCACCAUCAACCCCGACACGGGCUUGAUCAGCACGGCGGCGCCCAUCGGCGCCAACGCGGCCGCUCGUUUCGAGCUGGAUGUGACGGCCGGCGGCGGGAGAGCGGCCACCAAAGUCAUCGUGGAUGUAACGGACGUGAAUAACAACGCGCCCGAGUUCCGACAGACGUCGUACAGGGCCGGUGUUGACGAAAACGCCCCCGUCGGCACCAGCGUGGUGACGGUCCAGGCCGUGGACCUGGACCGAGGCGAGAACGGCUACGUGACGUACAGCAUCACCAACGUCCAGCCGCAGCCGUUUGUCAUCGACUACUUCUCCGGCGUGAUCGGCACCUCGGAGCUGCUCGAUUACGAGCUCAUGCCCCGGAUUUACAGUCUUAAAGUCCGAGCCUCGGACUGGGGCUCCCCCUUUCGGCGGGAGGCAGAAGCGCUCGUCACCGUGACCUUGAACAACCUCAACGACAACAAGCCGCUGUUCGAGAACGUGGACUGCGAUGUGACCGUGCCGAGAGACCACGGCGUGGGCGAGCAGAUAACCACCGUGUCGGCCAUCGACGCCGACGAGCUGCAGCUGGUGCGCUACUACAUCAAAUCGGGCGACGAGCUGGAUCUCUUUGAGCUUAACGCAAACUCGGGCGUGCUUUCCCUCAAGAACACGCUGAGCGAAGGCGAGGCGGCCAAAAGGUCCUUUCACAGUUUGCAGAUCGUGGCCAGCGACGGCGAACAGGAAACCCGACCCAUGUACAUGAACGUGACAGUCAUCACCGCCCGCAUGCCCGUGCAGGUCAAGUGCGUGGAAACGGGCGUGGCCACCAUGUUGGCCGAGAAGCUGCUCCAGGGAAGCAAGGUGCACACUCAGGCCGAGCCCGACGACCACUUUGCUGACAUCCACUCCAUCAACAGGCACGCGCCGCGCUUCGCCGAGUCCUUCCCCGGCUCAGUGGAGGUCAGGGAGGACCUCCCCGUCGGGGGUCGCGUCGCUCAUUUAGGCGCCAUCGACGGCGACAGCGGCUUCAACGGGAAGCUCGUCUACGUCAUCUCGGGAGGCGACACCGAGAGUCACUUUGUGGCCGAAAUGGAGACAGGCUGGCUUUUGGUCUAUUCGCCUCUCGACAGGGAAACAAAAGAUCACUACACGCUCAACGUCACGGUCUACGACCUUGGCGUUCCGCAAAAGUCCUCUUCGCGCCUCCUCGACAUUAAGAUCUUGGACGCCAACGACAACAGCCCGCAGUUUUUAAAGGACUCGUACUCGGUGGAGAUAAGCGAGAGCACUCCGGUGGGCACGGAAAUCAUCCAGGUGGACUCCACGGAUAAGGAUCAAGGGGAGAACGGCGCGGUCAGGUACUCCAUUUUGGGCGGCACCGAUCACUUCGCCAUCAACGCCGAGUCCGGCGUGGUGACGGUCACCAAGCCUCUGGACCGCGAGCUGCGUCCCGUGUACGACUUGAAGGUCACGGCCCGCGACCUGGCCGAGAACGAGCCCCAGCGCGUGUCCGCCGUCCCGCUCAGGAUCACUCUGGAGGACGUCAAUGACAACCCGCCCAAAUUCCUGCCCCCGAAUUACCGCGUCAAGGUGCGGGAGGACCUCCCCGUCGGAACAGUGGUCAUGUGGCUGGAGGCCCACGACCCCGACGUGGGGCCAUCCAGUCAGAUCCGCUACGGCCUGAUGGACAACGGCGAUGGCCACUUUGAAGUGGACAAACUGAGCGGGGCCGUGCGGAUCGUGCAGAGCUUGGACUACGAGAGCAAGCAGGUGUACAACCUGACGGCCAAGGCCAAAGACAAAGGCAAGCCCAUCUCGUUGUCAUCCACUUGCUUCGUGGAGGUGGACGUGGUGGAUGUCAACGAGAAUCUCUACCGGCCUUUGUUCCGCUCCUUUGUGGAGAAGGGAUUUAUCAAGGAGGACGCCGCCGUCGGGACUUCCGUCAUGACGCUCGUGGCCGAGGACGACGACAAAGGCCGAGACGGGGAGAUCCGCUACUCCAUCCGGGACGGCUCUGGCCUCGGGAUAUUCACCAUUGAUGAAGAAACUGGCAUCAUCCGGACGCAAGAGCUCCUGGACCACGAGACCACUCCCCACUACUGGCUGACGGUCUACGCCAUGGAUCGAGGCGUGGUUCCGCUUUCCGCCUUCGUGGAGGUCUACAUCCAAGUCCAGGACGUCAACGACAACGCGCCGCAAGCGUCAGAACCCGUCUACUACCCGUCCGUGAUGGAGAACUCACCCAAGGACGUGUCCAUCAUCCAGAUAGACGCCGUGGACCCGGAUGCUAAGUCUAGCGAUAAGCUCAGCUACAAGAUCACCAGCGGGAAUCCGCAAGGCUUCUUUGCCAUCAAUUCCAGAACAGGCCUUGUUACGACGACGUCAAGGAAGCUGGACAGAGAGCAGCAGGACGAGCACAUUCUUGAGGUCACCAUCUCCGACCACGGCAUUCCGGCCAAAUCCACCACGGUGCGCGUCAUCGUGCGUGUGCUGGACGAGAACGACAACCGUCCGCUCUUCCUGGAGAAGAUCUACAAGAUCAAGCUUCCCGAGCGCGAGCGGAUCCCCGAGAAAGAGCGGCCCGCCGCCCGGAGAGACCCCGUGUACCGCGUCUUGGCCUCCGACCGCGACCACGGCGCCAACGCCGAGAUCUCGUACAGCGUGGAGGAGGGCGACGAGCACGGCAAGUUCUUCAUCGAACCCAAGACGGGAGCCGUGUCAUCCAAGAAGUUCUCGUCGGCUGGGGAGUACGACAUCCUCACGAUCAAAGCGGUGGACAACGGGCGCCCUCAGAAGUCGUCCACGUGUCGCCUUCACAUCGAGUGGAUCCCCAAGCCGGAGAUUCCGGCCGACGCCGCCCCGCUGGUCUUCGAGGAGUCGCCCUUUUCAUUUUCCGUGAUGGAAAGCGACCCCGUGGCGCACAUGGUGGGCGUCGUGGCCACCGAGGCGGCGGACAUUCCCGUGUGGUUCGAGAUCACAGGCGGCAUAGAGGACACUGAGACGUUUUACGUCCUUCAGACGACUUGCGACCACAACUGUACAGCAGAAGGCGGAAACUACGACAGCCGCUUUGACGUGGGCAAGGCCAGCGGCACCAUUAUUGUGGCGAGGCCGCUGGAUGCCGAGCAGAAGUCCAACUACAACCUGACGGUGGAAGCCACGGACGGGACCAGGACGGUUAGCACACAGGUGCUCAUCCGCAUCAUCGAUACCAACAACCACCGGCCCGAGUUCUCCCGCGCCAAGUACGAAGUCAGCGUGCCCGAGGACGUGCCGGUGGGAAGCGAAGUGCUCCGUGUGGACGCCACGGACCAGGACGAAAAGAACAAGUUGACCUUUACCCUGCUGAGCAGCACCGACCCCUUCAGCUUGAAGAAGUUCAAGUUGGAUCCGGGCACGGGCACGCUGUUCACCGCCGAACCUCUGGACCACGAGACCAUGCGCAGCCACGUCCUCACAGUGAUGGUACGCGACCAGGACAUCCCAGUGAAACGCAACCUGGUGCGUGUGGUGGUCAACGUCGAAGACGCCAAUGACAACGCGCCGUGGUUUGUCGGCACGCCCUACUCGGGCCGCGCGUUCGAGUCCGCCGCCGUCGGCUCGGCCGUGCUGCAGGUCACGGCUCUGGACAAAGACAAAGGUCGCAACGCCGAGGUCGUCUACAGCAUCGAGUCAGGAAAUGUGGCAAAUUCCUUUGCCGUGGAUCCCGUCUUGGGCACGAUCACAGUGGCCAAAGAACUCAGUCGAAGUGGCAAGACCCGCUUCGAGCUGACCGUCAAGGCAACCGACGGCGGCGCCGCGGCGCUGUCCACCACCGCCGUCGUCCACAUCGCCGUGACCGUCUCGGACAACGCUGCCCCCAGGUUCUCCGAGAAGGCCUUCUCCGCCGACAUCAGCGAGGCGGCCGCUCCGGGGAGCUUCGUGAGCUCGCUGGAAGCCGUCAGCCAGUCGUCGGUUUUCUACCAAAUCAAAAGCGGCAACACGGACAACGCCUUUGACAUCAACCCUAAUUCGGGCGUGGUGGUCACGCAGAAAGAGCUGGACUACGAGGUGACCCCGCAGUACAAGCUGCUGGUCCAGGGCACCAACAUGGCCGGACUCGCCAGCAAUACCACUCUGGUGAUUCAUCUGAAGGACGAGAACGACAACGCCCCCCGUUUCCUCCAGCCGGAGUUCCAAGGCGUGGUCAGCGAGUCUGCUGCCGUCAACAGCGUGGUUCUCACUCGAGAAAACGCUCCCUUCGUCAUCCGUGCCUCGGACGCCGACAGUGACCGCAACGCCAUGUUGGUCUAUCAGAUCGUGGAACCCUUCGCCCUCAAUUACUUUGCCGUUGACUCCAGCACCGGCGCCGUCAGGAUCACAACCGCUUUGGAUCGCGAGCAGAGGAGCCUUUAUCGCUUCACGGUGCAGGUCCACGAUCUGGGCAUACCGCGGCUCUUCGCAGAGACGGCGGCCAACGUGACCAUCGAGGUCAUCGACGUCAACGACUGCCCGCCGCUUUUCAGCCGGGACGUCUACGAGGCCACCGUGGUGGUGCCGACUUACAGAGGCGUGGAAGUGGUCCGAGUCAAUGCCACUGACUUGGACUCGGGACCCAAUGCCAAACUUCUGUUUUCCAUUUCCGAAGGCAACAUCGGCGACAAGUUCAGAGUAGACGCAAACACCGGCGUGAUCUCCAUCCAGAAUGUCACCCAGCUGAGGAGCCGCUACGAGCUCAAGGUCAGGGUUUCGGACGGGAGAUUUGCCAACGUCGCCGCCGUCAAGAUCCACUUGAAGGAGAACAAAGAGAGCAAGGUGAAGUUCACCAGAGAGUCCUACAGAGCUUCGGUCCCAGAGAACUUGUCGGAGAAGAGAACGUUGGAAGUCAUCGCCGCUGUCGGUAACCAAGUCAACGAGCCUCUGUUCUACAAAAUCCUAAAUCCCGACAAACGUUUUGAAAUCGGAAGGACGUCGGGGGUGGUCGCCACCACCGGGAUCCCGUUCGAUCGUGAGAAGCAGGACACGUUUGACGUCGUGGUCGAGGUGACCAAGGAGGAGCCAUCCGAAGACGCCGCCCAUGUUGUUUUGACGGUGACGGUGGAGGACGCCAAUGACAACGCGCCUGUCUUUGUCAACCUCCCGUACGCCGCCGUGGUGCAGAUGGACGCCGAGGAAGGACAACCGGUGCGACAGGUCACAGCGGUGGACAAGGACCACGGUCGCAAUGCGCAAAUACGUUACAAACUCAAAGAGCCUCAGGAGCACUUUGACAUCAUGCCCACGGGAGAAAUCACCAUCAAGAAGACGCUGGAGAAAGAAUCGCUUAACGCCGAUUUUGUCGUGGUCGUCGUGGCGACAGACGGCGGCGAUCCGCCAUUGUCGGCGGAAACGGAAGUUCCCAUUACCGUGGUGAACCGAGCCGUCCCCGUUUUUGAGAAAGCCUUUUACACUGUGGAAAUCCCCGAGAAUGUCCAGGUGCACACACCCGUUCUCCACGUCCAGGCCAGUGACUCGGAGGGGCCUCGUAUUGUUUAUACCAUCUCCGAGGGGGACCCCUUCAAGCAGUUCUCCAUUGACUUCAACACGGGGGUCCUUCACGUGGCUCAGCCUCUGGAUUUUGAGACGCACCCAGCCUAUAAGUUGAGCGUCAGGGCCACCGACUCGCUGACCGGUGUGCACUCGGAUGUAUUCGUGGACAUCAUCCUGGAAGACGUCAAUGACAACUCGCCCGUCUUUCUGUCAAAUUCCUACUACGCCGCCAUCUCGGAGGCGUCGGCUAUCGGUACGUCUGUCCUGCAAGUCGAGGCCACUGAUUUCGACACGGACCACAAUCAGGAAAUCUUCUUCCAGUUGGUGGAGGAGAAGGGGAAAAGCUCAAAUUUGUUUGCUGUCCAUCGCGACACGGGACUCAUCUCCACGGCGCGAGUGCUGGAUCACGAGGAGAGCCCGCAACACCGACUGAGAGUCCGCGCCACGGACGGAGGAGUCCCCGCCCUCUUCAGCGACGUGGUGGUGACGGUGGACGUCACGGACCUGAACGACAACGCGCCCGUGUUCGCCGAGCCGGCCUACAAGGCGGCCGUCAGCGAGUUGGCCUCACGCGGACACUUUGUCACCCAAGUCCAAGCCUCGGACGCCGAUAGCUCCGACGCAGACAAGCUGGAGUUUGCGAUUGUCUCUGGGAACGAGGACCAGACUUUCGCCAUUGAUAAGAAAAGCGGCGCCAUCGUCAUUUCCAACCACCGCCGGCCGCAAAUGCAGCCGCGCUACCACCUCAACGUGUCCGUGUCGGACGGCGUUUAUCGGAGCUCGGCCCCGGUGGACGUCGCCGUCAUCGGCGCCAACUUCCACAUCCCCGCCUUCACUCGGUUGGAAUACACCGUGGAGUUGGUGGAAAACUCCCCCGCCGGCACUUUGGUAGCCGAGGCCAAAGCGACGGACGACGACGAAGGCAUCUACGGGCAAAUCACCUACCGCAUCGUCAACAGCGUCGCCAAGGACAAAUUCACCGUCAACGAAAACGGCGACGUCUUCACCUUGGAGAGCCUGGACCGCGACAGCAGCGUGGAGAAGGUCAUUCCCAUCUCUUUGGAGGCCAGAGAUGGCGGCGGUAAGGUGGGCUUUUGUACCGUCAACGUGGUCCUCACCGACGUCAACGACAACGCGCCGCAGUUCAGGGCGGCCGAGUACAAAGUCACCAUCGCGUCGGACGCCCCGAGGGGCGCGUCGGUGGUGAAGAUCGCCGCCUCUGACGUCGACGAGGGAAGCAACGCCGACGUGGAGUACUCCAUCGAAGCCGACGUGGAGAACGUGGCGGAGAACUUUGAAAUUCACCCAACGUCCGGGGUCAUCGUGACCAAAGAAAGCCUGAUUGGUCUCGAGGGCGAGCUCUAUGCGUUUUUCGUCCGGGCCAAAGACACCGGAAACCCGCCGAAACAUUCAGUGGUGCAGGUUCACAUCCAGAUUGUUGCGCCUGAGACGCCCAUCCCCAAGUUCGCCGAGCCUCAAUACCGCUACACCGUGGCCGAGGACCUUCCCAUCGGCACCGAGAUCGACGUGCUUCGGGCAGAAAGCGAACAGCCGCUUGCGUACAGCCUCAUCAACGGCAACACUCCAGAGAGCAACGAGAACGAGGUCUUUGUCGUGGACAGGGACACCGGCGCCCUGAAACUCCAGAAGAGCCUGGACCACGAGACCACCAAAUGGUACCAGCUCACCUUGCGGGCACAAGCUCAGCACAACGGCUACGACGUCGCCGCUUCCGUCAGCGUCAACAUCCAAGUGAAAGAUCUCAACGACAACCAGCCGGUCUUUGAAUCGGACCCUUACCAGGCCGUGGUGGUGGAGAACCUCCCUGGCGGAGCGCAGGUGGUCCAAGUCAAAGCCAGCGACCUGGACUCAGGUACCAAUGGCCUGGUUCUGUACAGCCUGGACGCCAAGCUCAACUCCCAGGACAUCGCCGAGCUCUUCGCCAUCAAUGCCGAAAGUGGCUGGUUGAGCACCCUCAAGGAGCUGGACCGCGAAAAGCGCAGCGAGUACUCGGUGGCCGUCGUCGCCACCGAUCAGGGCGACAAAGUCCAACACGCGACGGGCACGCGGGUGGAGGUGACGGUGGCCGACGUCAACGACAAUCCGCCCCGCUUCACGGCCGAGGUCUACAAGGGCACGGUCAGCGAGGACGACCCUCUGCCCAGCGGCGUCAUCGCCAUCCUCAGCACCACCGACGACGACUCGGAGGACAUUAACAGACAAGUCAACUAUUUCAUUACCGCCGGAGACCCUCUGGGACAGUUUGCCAUUGAGCAUGUGCAGAACGAAUGGAAGGUGUCGGUCAGGAAGCCUCUGGACCGCGAGACCACCGACUAUUAUCUGCUCAACGUCACGGCCAGCGACGGCAUCUUUACAACCAAAGCUGUGGUUGAGGUCAAAGUGUUGGACGCCAACGACAACAGCCCCGUGUGUGAUAAGUCUCUGUACAGUGAAAGCGUUGCCGAGAACUCGCCAGCCAGCAGACUCAUCCUGCAAGUCUCAGCCACCGACGCCGAUAUCCGAUCCAACGCGCAAAUCUCCUACGAACUCCAGGGAGCUGGCUCGGAACUUUUCUUUAUCGACCCUGAGACGGGCGAGCUGAAGACGCUGAAGCCCCUGGACCGCGAGGAGCGCGACGAGCAUCGUUUCAAAGUGCGAGCGGUGGACGGCGGGGGGCGCUUCUGCGAGGCCGACGUGCACGUGGCCGUGCGCGACGUCAACGACAACGCUCCCGAGUUCGCCGCCGACCCGUACGCCUUCGCCGUCUUCGAGAACACAGAGACGGGAACCUUCGUGGCCAAGCUACAAGCCGACGACGCCGACAGCGGGCUCAACGGCGACGUGGUCUACUCGCUGCUGGGCUCUGGCGACGGUUGGUUCUCCAUAGACGAAGUGAGCGGAAUCAUCAGCCUGGAGCGGCCGCUGGACCGCGAGACGCGGGCCCUGUACGAGCUGGAGGCCCGCGCCUCCGAUCGGGGCUCGCCACGCCUGUGGGCGACAUGCCGCGUUCUGGUCUCCGUGCUUGACAUCAACGACAACCCGCCCGUGUUUGAGCGGCGCGAGUACGCAGCCGCCGUACCCGAGGACGCGGCCGUGGGCGGACAAGUGCUCAGGGUACAGGCCGCCAGUCGGGACGCGGAUGCCAAUGGAGAGAUUGGAUACAGUAUCAUCAGCGGAAACGAGCACGGGGUGUUCAGCGUGGACCCAAGCACAGGCGACAUCUUUGUGAUUGCGCCGCUGGACUACGAGACGUCUCACGAGUACUACAUCACGGUGGAGGCCACCGACGGAGGCUCUCCGCCCCUCAGCGACAUGGCCACCGUCAACAUCAACGUGACGGACGUCAACGACAACGCGCCCGUCUUCAGUCAGCGCGUCUACGCCGCUGUCGUCGGCGAGGACGCCGAGCUGGGCAGGACAGUCUUGACGGUGGUGGCCGAGGACGCGGACGGGCCGUCGUACAACCGCGUGCGCUACGCCAUCGUGGACGGCAACAGCGGCAGCCCCUUCAUCAUCGACCCCAUUCGAGGCGAGCUCAAAGUGGCCCGCCAGCUGGACCGGGAGCAGACGUCGGGCUACACGCUGACGGUGCUAGUCGUGGACAACGGCACGCCGCCGCUGUCCGCCAGUGCCGUGGUCAACGUGGACAUCUCCGACGUCAACGACAACCCGCCGCUCUUCUCCCAGGCUAACUACAGCCUCAUUAUCCAGGAGAACCAAGUUCAGGACAGCAGCGUUCUGCAGCUCCUGGUGUCCGACCGAGACGCCUCCCACAACGGGCCGCCCUUCAUUUUCUCCAUCGCCGGCGGCAACACAGGCGACGUCUUCCGCAUCGACCCGAACGGCGCGCUGCUCUUGGCGGGGCCGCUCAACAAGAACGUGGAGGAACACUACCUGCUUCAAGCACAGGUGUCUGACAGCGGCAAACCGGCGCUCUCCUCAAGUGCCUACAUCAGCAUCCGCAUCAUCGAGGAAAGCGUUUACCCGCCCGCCAUCCUCCCGCUCGACGUUUUUGUGUCCACGGCCGGCGAGGAAUACGCAGGCGGCGUCCUGGGCAAAAUCCACGCCACCGAUCAGGACGUCUACGACACGCUGACGUACAGCCUGGCCCCUUCCUCCGCCGCGUCCUCGCAAUCCUUCUCCGUGUCGGCGUCAGACGGGAAAGUGAUCGCCCUGCGGCCGCUGGACGCCGGCCACUACCCGCUCAACGUGACGGUGACCGACGGGCGCUUCACCGCGGCCGCCGACGUCAACGUUCACGUGCGGCAGGUGGCCCGCCAGGCGCUGGACAACUCUAUCGCCGUGCGCUUCGCCAGCAUCGCCCCCGAGGAGUUCAUCGGAGACUACUGGCGCAACUUCCAGAGGGCGCUGAGGAACAUCGCCGGCGUGAGAAGGAGCGACGUGCAGCUGGUCAGCCUGCAGCCGUCCGAGCAGGGAGACCUCGAUGUGCUGCUGGCGCUGGAAAGAUCUGGAAGCCCCUACCAGUCUCAGGAGGUGGUCUUCCGCAAGCUGAACUCGUCGGCGAGCGUCAUCGAGGAGAUGACGGGGGUGCGCAUCGUGCGCGUGGCUCAGAAGCUUUGCUCGGGCAUGGACUGCCCGCUGCGUUUCUGCGACGAGGUGGUCUCGCUGGACAGGACGUCCAUGUCCACCUACAGCACGGCGCGCCUCAGCUUCGUCACGCCCAGACACCACAGACAUGCCACCUGCCAGUGUGAAGGUGGCAAAUGUCCCGUGCUGAACAACGUGUGUGAUCACAGCCCUUGUCCGGAGGGCUUGGACUGUGUGGCUGACGUGCACACAGACACCAAGUACACGUGUGUGUGUCCUCCAGGGAACAAAAACAAAUGUUCCGACGGCCACUCGUUGACAUUCAGCGGCAGCGGCUACGUCAAGUACCACCUGAUGGAGAACGACAACAAGGAGCAGAUGAAGCUGUCCCUGCGCCUGCGCACCUUCUCCGGACACGCCACCGUCAUGUUCGCCAAGGGCACCGACUACAGCAUCCUCGAGAUUUUGAACGGUCGCUUGCAGUACAAGUUCGACUGCGGCAGCGGCCCCGGCUUAGUGUCGGUCCACAGCGCCACAGUCAACGACGGCGAGUGGCACUCGGUCUCCCUGGAGGUGGACGGCAACUACGCCAAGCUGGUGCUGGAUCGCGUGCACGCCGCCUCGGGAACGGCGCCGGGAAACCUGCGAACCCUCAACCUGGACAACAGCAUCUACUUUGGCGGUCACGUCCGCCAGCACGCAGCCUCGGCCGCCCGCCACGGACGCAACCUACCCGUGACCAACGGCUUCCGUGGCUGCAUGGAGGCCAUGACGCUCAACGGCCAGGAGCUGCCCCUCAACACCAAGGCGCGGCGGGCGCACGCCGUCAUGGAGGCCAUCGAGGACGUGGCGGCCGGUUGCGCGCUCGCACCGCCAGAGAGCUGCUCCAGCAAUCCUUGUGGCAACGGUGGGGUGUGCAACCCCAGGCCGAAUGGAGGCUACUUCUGCAAGUGUCCCGCCGCUUUCAUGGGCGCCCACUGCGAGAUGGCCGUCAGCCCCUGCGCCUCCAACCCGUGCUUAUACGGUGGCACGUGCGUACCCCGCGGGGACGACUUCUACUGCCAGUGCAGGGGGCAGUACUCAGGUCAAAGGUGCCAGAUGGGUUCAUUUUGCACGGAGAACCCGUGCAAAAACAGCGGCAAGUGUAUCGACAGUCUGGACGGGCCAGUGUGCGAGUGCGAAGCCGGAUUCCAAGGAGAAUGGUGCCUGAACGACGUGGACGAAUGCUUGAGGAGCCCGUGCUCCAACGGCGGCCGCUGCCACAACACGUACGGCUCAUACGAGUGCAACUGCUCUCUGGGCUUCGGCGGCCCAACGUGCGAUCUGGCCGCCGACGUCCGCAACGACUUUGUGUCUACCUCGUGGAACAUCGGCCUGGAGGAGGUGGUGGGCAUCGUGAUCUUUGUCUCCAGCAUCUUCAUCCUGGUGCUCUUCUUCGUCCUCCUGCGCAAGAAGGCGUGCCGCGCUAAGUCCAAGACAGAGGACGACGACAAGCGAGGCGGUUCCGGCGUGCCGCAUUCUUUCCUCCAGAGGCCGUACUUUGACGCCAAGUUCAACAAGAACGUCUACUCGGACAUCCCGCCGCAGGUGCCCGUACGGCCCAUCUCGUACACGCCCAGCAUCCCCAGCGACUCGCGCAACAACCUGGACCGCAACUCCUUCGAGGGCUCGGCCAUCCCCGAGCACCCCGAGUUCAGCACCUUCAACCCGGACGCCGCGCACGGCCACCGCAAAACGGUAGCCGUGUGCAGCGUGGCGCCCAAUCUGCCGCCUCCGCCGCCUUCCAACUCGGUGUCGGACAGCGACUCCAUACAGAAGCCAAGCUGGGACUACGACUAUGAUGCCAAAGUUGUGGACUUGGACUGCGUGACCAAGAAGCCCGUAGAGGAGAGCGCAUGUCACCCUUUCAACACCAGGGGGAGCAUGUCGGAAGUCCAGUCGCUCAGCUCCUUCCAAUCCGAGUCGUGCGACGACAACGCCUCCAUAGUGACUGUCAUCCACUUUGUCAACUCUGUGCUUGACACGGUGGAAGGAGAAGAGUCUUUUUUGGCUCGUGAGCUCAAGAACACAAGAGGAUACCACUGGGACACGUCCGACUGGAUGCCGAGCGUCCAGCUGCCGGGCAUCAAGGAAUUUCCGCAGUACGAGCUGGUGGAAUCACCUCCCGCCACCUUGUAUAGCGACCCAAGCGCCAUGGACACCGAUUACUACCCGGGCGGCUACGACAUCGAGAGCGACUUCCCUCCGCCGCCCGACGACUUCCCGUCCGGCGACGAGCUGCCGCCGCCGCCACCGCCAGAGUACGGCGACACGCUGCGGUCCAGCGCCACCGAGGGCACCCGCCGCCGUCCCGCCCUGCCGGAACUGUACAGCCUCGGUCAGUACUUGAGCCCCCGGGGCGACGCCGCCCCGCCAUCCUCCACCACGGCCACCGUCGGCUUCCCUCCAGGUCGGGACUUUGACGACAUGUCGCUGUCGCUGUACGCGUCCACCGCCUCCUGCUCGGACAUGUCGGCGUGCUGCGAGGAGUCCGAGGCCAUGAUCAGCGACUACGAGAGCGGUGACGACAGCCAUUUUGAGCGGCUGUCCAUCCCGCCGCUGGGCUCCCAGCAGCACACUGAAGUCUGACACUGGAUCCCCACAAAAAGUGCCUGAAGCAGCCCCACGAGCCCUCCUUAUUUUUUAUUUUUUUUUGUCCGCUUUUCCACCUGGUACGAUCUGAGUCCACAAAGGGACCGAUGCAUACUUGCCAACCUGGUAUACCUUAUGUCACCCACUUAGGAUUGCCAAACGUUUCUCUGUAUUAGUCUGCAAUUUGUAUCCCCAGUGCCCGUGUCACAUAUCCCUCCGCCCAGCAAAGCAACAACAGCGGUCUACAGCCUUUUUAAGAGUGUAUAAGUGAUCAAGUCAUCACAAAAAUCUCAAAAAAUCCAUAGAUACGCCGCACCGGACGACAAGUCGCAGGGUUCAAAACUUGAGCAGCUUAUAGUCCGGAAAUUACGGUAAUUGUGACCAUCCAUUUUUUUUCCUGGAAAACUGCUAUUUUCUCUCAAUUUAGGUUUUGCAAACAUUUCAACAGUAUUAACCCGUCAGUCAAUCCAUGGCAUGUUAGGGAGAAAAAGUCAAGUCACAGGAAAUGGACUUUCCGAUUCAACAGUUCAAGAUGGAAACAAAAAAGAAAACAUCCCUGACAAUAAUAAAGAAAAGUUCACAACAAUUUCUAUCAAUAGAACAUUUUCUACAAGUGGUGAUUUUCAGUGUAAAUGUCUAUGUACAGUUUUGAUUUCAAAGUAGAUUUUGUAGAUAUUUCAGUGCUUUUAUUUUGAAGAAACUGUGUGACAUGAUCGGCCUUACUGUGCUAACGUUCACGAAAAAAAGUUUGUCGUUAAAAGAAAAAAAAGGGUCUUCAGUGAACGACUGCAUUAUUCAUGGUUUUUGUUUUAAUGUUUGUUUGUACAUGUUGACGUUGGAACCUCUUUUAUUUUUCCAUCAUGGAAACGGGACCCGAUGAUAUUUUUGGUCGUCAUGGAUACCGCCCGUGUAGGUGUAUGUAUGUGCGAGUGUGUGCGUGAGCAACGCAUCGGUCUUAUUAAGGUUUUUAUUGAAUUACUGCCACCAGCUCACGCUUUCCUACUGGCAAUAAAUUAUUCCUAAAAAAUACA